AUGAUGAAUAUGGUGGUCCUUCCUCCGCCGCCAGAGGUCACCAACAACCUGGCCCAAAUCUCCAGGUGCAGGCCCGCCGCCCCAAAUUUCGGCUUUUCCGGAAUCCCGGUCGUGGACCUUUCCAACCCGGAUGCCAAAUCUAAGGUGGUGGCCGCCUGCCGGGAAUUUGGGUUCUUCAAAAUCGUCAGCCACGGCGUGGCCGCCGAUUUCCUGUCCGUGCUCGAGUCAAAGGCCGUUGACUUCUUCAACCUGCCCCAAGAGCUCAAGGAGAAGUGGGCCCCACCCGGCCCACUCGGUUACGGGUGCAAAAACAUCGGCCCAAAUGGCGAUGUGGGCUGGAUUGAGUAUCUUCUCUUCCAUACCAACACUGGCGGGCUCGGUUCCUCCGACUCGUCUGGUUUCACCGGAGCUCAGUUAACCCUCCGGGAUUUUUUGAACGAGUACGUGGCCGUGGUGAGGUCGAUGACUUGCACGAUUCUCGAGAUGGUAGCCGAGGAGCUCGGGAUGGAAACCCGUGACACGUUGAGCCGCAUGGUGCGAAAUGAGGAUAGCGACUCGUGUUUCCGUGUCAACCACUACCCUUCUUGCCCGGACCACUUUCAGGGCUUGAUCGGGUUCGGUGAGCACACCGACCCUCACAUCAUGUCGGUCUUGAGGUCCAACGACACCUCGGGAUUUCAAAUCCUCCUCAACGACGGGUCGUGGGUCGACGUACCACCCGAUCCCACCACCUUUUUCUUCAUAGUGAUGACGAAUGGGAGGCUCAAGAGCGUGAAGCACAGGGUGGUGGCGGCAGGGCUCGGUUCGAGGCUUUCGAUGAUUUUCUUUGGUGGGCCGCCAGAGAGUGAAAAGAUAGCUCCGUUGAGGUCAGUUAUGGAAGAUGGGGAGGAGAGUUUGUAUAAAGAGUUCACGUGGGCCGAGUACAUGGCCUCGGCCUACAAGACGAGGCUUGGGGACAAUAGGCUGAGCCAUUUUGAGAAGAAGAAGUAUGCCACCGAGGCUUAG